CGGCCAAAAGCAAAAUUUCAAACGGUUUGGAAAAUGAGAGGAGUAGAGAGAGAGGAUGUGAACAGCCACGGAAGAAAACGCCCAAGGACACCAAGGACAAGUUUAGUUCAAUAAAUUGUCAUUUUGUAAAAUAUAUGAAAGUCAUCCUGAAAAGAAUCAAAUUAGUUGAGACCAAUAUUACCGUCUAUAAAUAUAAAGCUUAUGUGCAGAGUGCCAUCCUCGGCAAGCAUCAAGCAAGACACAAAUUUUCGAAGAGGGAAAGAUUCUUAUUAGGAAAAGAACUUAAACCGUAUAAGAGCAGAACGCCUGGAAAUUUCGAUCCUAUUCAACGCGUUCAAGGUACAUCUUUUUUAUUGCCCCACCAAGAAAGAGAAAGGAAAUAGAAAGAACUCUUUUAACGCGUAGUAAAAGUUAACUAAACUAGUUAAAUUUACUAAAAAAGAAGUCUUUUCUUGAGGAAAGUGAAAUUUACUAGAAAUCAUGUCUUUACAAGCAAUCAUUUACAACAAGGAUGGGUUAUUUGUCUUGGAUCAACUUUUGCUUCCCCAUCAGCACAAAUAUGUUCCUGUAAAAAGUAUUGAGGAUUCAUUUUCUGUUAUUAAAAAUAUGCAAGUUCGUGGUGCACCCGCUAUCGGCAUUGUCGCAGCAUUAAGUGUCGCUGUCGGACUGAAGAAUUUGGAAGAAGGUAAAAAUGCGAAGGAUUUUGUUAUUGAUAGCUUAGAAUAUCUUAAACAAUCCCGACCUACUGCAGUCAAUCUUUUUGAGGCUUCUCAUAUCUUGCAGAAUGCUGCUCGCUCCGUCCACCCUUCUCAAGUCAAGGAAAAAGUUAUUCAAGAAGCAGAAGCUAUACUCGAUAGAGACCUGAGAGAUAAUCAUGCAAUUGGUGCUGCUGGCCGUCAGUUUCUUCUAAAUCAUUAUAAAGGAACCAAGACUAAGCUUACCAUCCUUACUCACUGCAACACUGGAUCAUUAGCUACUUCUGGGUAUGGUACUGCAUUGGGUGUUAUCCGGGCAUUGUAUGAAAACGGUAACUUGGAACAUGCAUUCUGUACUGAAACUCGCCCUUACAAUCAAGGUUCUCGCCUUACAGCUUUUGAGCUCGUACAUGAUCGUAUUCCAGCUACUUUAGUUACAGAUUCCACUGCUGCUUCCAUCAUGCACAAAAUCGACGCUAUUGUUGUGGGCGCUGAUCGUGUCACCAAGAACGGAGACACUGCAAACAAGAUUGGUACAUUGAAUUUGGCAAUUCUAGCCAACCACUUCAAUAUACCUUUUAUCGUUGCCGCCCCUUUCUCCUCCAUAGACUUAAACCUUGCAUCCGGUUCUCAGAUUACCAUCGAACAACGUCCUUCUAUUGAAAUGGUAACUGUUCGUGGACCUGUGGUGAAAAAUAGCGAUGCUACAGAAUUUGGAGACGCUGAACGAGUUCAUAUUGCAGCUCCUGGGAUCAAUACUUACUGUCCUGCAUUUGAUGUUACUCCUGCUAAACUAAUAGCUGCAGUUGCUACUGAGAAAGGUUACUUUACCGCUACAAACGGCAACUUUUCAUUUACGGAUUCUCGUGAAUCAGCAUGAACAAAAAAGUUGAUAAAUAAAACGUCUUUUGCAUUAGUAAAAUGAAUGCUUUUUAGAAAUAAAAAAGCACUAUUUUCGUUGUCUUUUUUUUUUAUAGCUUGUAAGCAAUAUCUUCUCUGUUUGCGAUUUAUAGAAUGUCUA